CAUUCCAUCACUAUUCCCGUUUGUUUAUGUUCCUUAUUCGUCCAUCAACGUCAUCGCCACUGAACUCCUCCGCCCAUUUUGUUCCUCCUCGUCCUCUUCCUCGUCCCGUUCGUGGUAAAAUGCUCCUGCUUCGAUCUCAUCGCCUCCUCUCCUCCACCUCCGCCUUCCUCUCCUCUUAUAAGGCUGCCAUCAAGACCUCUCGCCUCGCUCCCCUCGGCCUCCGCGCUAUGGCUGCCUACAGCGCCGCCGCCGCGUCGCCCUCCAGGCUUCUUCUCCGGCAACUAUUCGAGAAGGAGUCGUCCACAUAUACUUACCUCCUCGCCGAUCUCGCACACCCGGACAAGCCUGCUGUGCUGGUUGAUCCGGUAGACAAAACAGUGGAUAGAGAUACAAAUCUUGUUAAAGAACUGGGUUUGAAACUUAUCUAUGCUAUGAAUACUCAUGUGCAUGCUGAUCAUGUGACAGGUACAGGUUUGAUAAAGAAAAAGAUGCCUGGAGUAAAGUCUGUGAUAUCUAAAGCAAGCACUGCACAAGCAGAUCAUUUGGUUGAUCAUGCUGAUAAAAUAUAUUUUGGUGGCCUUUUUCUGGAGGUGCGUGCAACUCCUGGUCAUACGGUGGGUUGUGUUACAUAUGUAACAGGAGAUGGACCUGAUCAACCUCAUCCAAGGAUAGCUUUCACUGGUGACACGCUGUUGAUUCAUGGAUGUGGAAGGACAGAUUUUCAGGGUGGAAGUUCUCACCAGCUCUACCAAUCAGUGCAUUCACAGAUAUUCACAUUGCCAAAGGACACCCUCAUCUAUCCUGCUCACGACUACAAAGGCUUCACCGUUAGUACAGUUGGGGAGGAGCUGCUCUACAACCCUCGACUAACAAAGGAUGAGGAAACCUUCAAAAGCAUCAUGGAAGAUCUAAAAUUGACUUAUCCUAAGAUGAUAGAUAUUGCGGUUCCAGCUAACAUGGCUUGUGGGCUUCAGGAUGCAACUACGAAAUCCUAGACAUCAUCUAAAAACCUGAUGAGAUUCAAAGAGAGAUGGAGAAUGCAAACAUGUGAUGUCUCUUUGCAUAAUUAUUCUCAAUAAAACUUUGUAGAUUACUAUGAAUAAAUGCAAUGCGUAAAUUGAAUCGGUUUAGUUUUGUUCCA